UCCAGGGGGUCGGUUUCUGGGAGAGGGGGGGGGCUUCUUAGACCGUCUUCUUACAAUUUUUCCCACUUUACCCCAUUUGGUAUCAGCCCCUUUGGAUACGCCAUUGGUAUCCAUUAACUCUACUUUCGGCGGGAGGGAGUGAUUUUGAGUUUUGAUGUUAAAUGAUAAAAUUUGCUCAAAUAAUUCUCGAUUUGGAAACAGUAAAUAAACUUUUGGAAUCUUAUAUGUCAUCAAUACAUUUACAUUAUAAUGCAUUAAUUCCACAUUUAAGUAAUCCAACACCAAUGGACAGGCCUGAAAUAUUCAGAAAAACAUGCAAUACACAUGCCUUCCAAAUCGUCAAACAUUGUAACAGUGAAUUAAAUGUUCGCAACAAACGAAUACUUCAUUUAAUAACUUCAUUAAUUUCUCUACUUUUACAGCUUCGAACAAUUGGAGCAGAAAAGAAACGUCUCAGCCCUCUAGAUUCCCAAAUAUUUGCAGAAUCAUUAAAACAAAUUCGGUUACACAUUGCCCCUAAAAAUGCAGCAGCUUUUCAAGAUUAUAUUGAAGUACAUAUGAAACAAAUAUUAAAAAUGACAAAACAAUGA